GGCAGCAGACCGUCUCUAUUGAGGAGAUUUUCAACAUUCUCCACUCAAACUUUAACCUUUUUUUCUAUUAACCAGAGCCACUGUACGAUAUUUAGAGGUUCUAUAUAUUUAGCGGCUUCACAACCUUAAAAGAUUCAUAGCACCACGGUAAACACAUAUUGUAACAAAACCCCAGGACCCUCUGCCUCCCAAAAGGUGGAUCCAUCCAACAAAGAGAAGCUGCCCUGGUUCCCUUUGCCUCCCUUUUGCCCCUCUGACACCCAUGCAGCACAGGAUUAAAGGAGGCAGACACUGUGGACGAAGUGAGUGACAGGCUACGUGGUGAAUGAGAUAGAGAAAACAUGGAACACUGGUGAACCUUCCCAGGAGUGGCUGGCCAACUGAAAUUAUUCCAAAAGAGCAUGGACAACUCAUCCAGGAGGUCACAAAAGAACCCCGAACAACAUUUAAAGAGCUGCAGGUCACACUUGCCUCACUUAAGGUCAGUGGGUGGGGUUACAAAUGAGACACAGGUGGGACACUAAUGACAAGGUGGGAUUUGGGAAGAGACAAGAGAGAAAAAAAACAGAGUAUCACAUUUUGUUAUCAUUUUUAUCUUAAAUAGUUUCAUAUCUAAGAAGUGAGGGCUUUAUCGGCUGACAUCUCUGUAGUCUGUUGUUUGGGAUGGAAAAUAUUCUGCAAACUUUGAAGAUGAUACAGAGCUUCCUCUUUCUGCUAACACUUUUUUGUUUUCCACGAGAAAACACUGUUAGGCCAUCAGCACCUUUUUUGAACUUGUGACUUUACGAAGCACUAGCUUCACAUAGCUCAGCACUCUUAUAGGUAUAAAUGUGUCUGAUCACUCACUCUCCUGCUCAGAGCCUCAAGCGACCCAUCCUCUUUGAGACAUCAUGAACAAGAUCAUUGUGUACGAACAUGCUGACUUUAAGGGCAUCAGCAGGGAGUUUACUAGGAACGUUCCCAACUUAAGCGACGAGAACUUUGAUGAGUGCAUCUCCUCCAUGAUAGUGAACGGGAAUCCAUGGGUGAUUUACAGCGAUGCCAAUUUUGGUGGCUACCAGUACAUCUUUGAGGAAGGACAUUAUCCCACCGUGGACUGGGAUAACAGCACCUCUUCACUCGAGAUGGUGACAGAAGACCUGACAGAUCCUCAGAUCACACUGUACGACGAGCCAAACUACGAAGGAAAGAGUAUCGUCCUCACUUGUGAGACCAACCUGCUGUAUGGCUCCUUCAAUGACACGGCAUCUUCCCACAAGGUGCAGAGAGGAGCGUGGGUCCUCUACCAGCAUAAGAACAGAGGUGGAGUUCAGAUGUUAGCCAGAGCUUCACAUGACACGCCCGAUUACGAAUGGUUCAGCAACCGCCUGACCCAUCUGCGUCCUUUAAAAUCAGGGAAACCCGUCAUAACCCCUGAGGUACUGUGGGAGCAGAAAGAAGAACGUGUCAAUUCUGUUGCCAUCGACGCUGUAUGUGGUGUGAACUGUGGAUCUCGCGAACAAACCUUCAGCACGGCGCUGAGUCGAGAGUACAUGGGCUCAGUCACUGAGAGUUUCAAGUUCAGCAACGCUACACAGAUCAGCAUUGCAACCAAAUUCAGUCUCAAUUUGGGAAGUUUGACACCAGAGACGAAGUCCACUUUAAGCAACACCUUCACAGUGGAGCUUGGUAAAACCAACACAAGAACCGAGACGAACAGCAUUACAGUCACGCUGCCGGCCACCAUCCCUCCACACACCAAACUCACUGUGAGAGUGAUUAAAAGAGAGGUGAACCUGAGGAUCCCAGUGAAGUUGACCAUCACCACAGGUUUUCAUCAGAAAACAGAGUAUGGGGAGUUCCUGUGUUGCAGUGGGAACUCUAUCACCACUGAGUACGAAGAAGAGCGUCUAUGAUACCCGUUAGUGGGGAGGUAAAGAGCCUUUUGCGCUUAAACAUGUUCUGUCUGUGCCUUUUCAGUUUACAUUCAGUUGCACAGUGAUUGUGAUUACUGUUCUUGUACAUUUUCAAACUGUACUGUGUAU